CGCGUUCCCUUUUUGACGUUCACGUCUGAACGAUUAUUUUGGCAACAAAUGUCUGACUGACAGCUAAUGUCAAAAACGCCUUACUACCGAAAUAACAAAGAUAUUUGCGGGCCGGAGAACUCUUUUGUUUUUUAGCAAAUAUGAACAGAUUAUUUGGUAAAGGUAAACCGAAAGAGCCAGGUCCUAGCAUCAACGAUUGCAUCACCAAUGUUGAUGCUAGAGCGGACGCAAUCGAGAAGAAAGUAACGAGCUUAGAGAAUGAGCUACGUAAAUACAAGGAUCAGAUGUCGAAAAUGCGUGAGGGACCUGGAAAGAAUGCGGUCAAGGCAAAAGCUAUGCGAGUGCUGAAGCAGAAAAAGAUGUACGAGCAACAAUUGGAUAACUUGAGAGGACAGUCUUUCAAUAUGGAACAGGCCAACUAUGCCCAGCAGAUGCUCAAAGAUACACACACCACCGUUAUAGCCAUGAAGGAUGGCAUGAAGCAGAUGAAGAAAGAAUUCAAGAAGAUCAAUAUUGAGGAGAUUGAUGAUGUACAGGAUGAGAUGGCAGAUAUGCUGGAGCAGGCUGAUGAAGUGCAGGAGGCGCUCGGCAGGAAUUUCAACAUGCAAGAAGUUGAUGAUGAUGAGCUGGCUGCAGAAUUGGAUGCUCUUGGUGAUGAACUUGUCUUGGAUGAUGACUCCAGCUAUCUGGAUGAUGUGCUGAAGGCGCCAGAAGCGCCCAACACCAAACCUGAGGCAGAGGCGAACAAGAACAAGGAUGGAAUCGCCGUCGACGAGUUCGGUUUGCCGCAGAUUCCCAAUUGAUGAAUAACAAAUAGGAGGAAGAGAAAAAUCUAUUUUAAAUAAUUUAUAUUAAAGAUUAUUUUUUUUUUUAA